CAUAAAAGUCAAUGUGUGCUGGGGAGAUGCAUCCACUGCUGAUUUGAGGCUUGUGUCAGGCAGAGAAUAGAUUCACCUGAGGACCAAAGGAAAUCUGAGCGCAGAGGACAAACUGGGAAGCACAGAAGGAGGAAAAAAAAAACCCAUCAAGAGAAUGAAGAAGUGUGUAGCGGUUGUCGUGGUGCUGAGUCUCCUCUCAGUGGGACUCUCUGCUCCUCUUAGCAGCUGUGACACUCUGGUGAAACCCAUAACUCUCAGCAAUGAGGACAUGUUGGGAAGGUGGCUGUACGUCGGGGGGUGCUCUGACCUCCCAGGAAGCCGCUCCCUGGUCCACCUGAUGAACAGCGCCUGGCUGGACAUCACCGCGACCGCCCAGAGCAACAUCCUCAACCUCGUCCAGACUCAGAGAAUAUAUGGGGAAUGUUCCAGCUUAACAUACAAUGUGAUCUUUGAAAACAGCACAAUGUUGAUUGAGCAACCCUUCCACCUCAAGGAAGUCUACCUGCCCACUAACUGCUCCGAUUGUCUGGUUGCCUAUGAACAAGUUUUCACUGGCAAAGAAACCUUCACCAGCUUCCUGCUUUUUAGCAGGAGACAAAGCGUCUUACCUGGAGUCGUGGAGAUGUUCAGGACACAAGCAGAAUGUCUCCGGAUGCCGUCGCCCAUAAUGAUAGACUCAAACUACGAAAUCUGCCCAGACAACAUCGCUCCCUCAGAGGGCAUCAGCGCCCUCAACUCUAUGUUAGAGGCCAAGAUGGGACAUCGAGUUGCAAAACUCCUGGAUGCUUUUUUUGACAUGUUUGUGAACUGAUUAGUUUAGUCCUUUUGUACAGAGAAAGUGUGGAAUUUUUCCCUCUUGGUUACAUAAAUAAUUAAAAGAAUUAAAUAAAAUGAAGAAUGAGGAACG